CAAAUAUAUAGUUAUAGUCUAGCCGAUAUAUGAGGAGAAGAGGGAGGGAGAAGAGGAGGAAUCAUCGAGAUAUAUCCGCGUAGUACAAACGUAGCAAGAAGAAGAAGAAGAAGAAGAGAAAAGAUAUUCAAUUAAAAUUCAACACACACACACACACUCGUCGUAUGUCAAUCGUAUCGAUACGUAUCGUAGCUGUAAAACAACUUCCAAAUACUUCGAUAAUAUCAAUGAUAAUCCGUGUGAUAGAGAAGCAAUAAAAGGAUACCAAAAAAAAANAAAAAAAAAAAAAAAAAAGAGAGAAAAAAGAAUCUCAAAUUCGUAUUCGUAAGUAUAUUCGUAAGAGAAUCGUGUUUAUAUUUCGCUCGGCUGUGGUUUGUGUGCGUGUGUCUAUCGACAAAAAGAAAAAAAAGAAGAGAAAAGAAAAGUCGUGCUCGAAUCUCGAAGCUGAUCGAACGAGGGGAAAGUGCGUGGACACGAUGGCGUUCGCUGCUGCGAGAAUGAUCCUGAAAGACAAGCGGCGGAAGACCAGCAAGGAGGAUUUUGGAGGACCAAGGAAUAGGAGCAAGGCUCGCAACAAGCCAGCAGAUGGAGUGGGCCACGUGAACCAAAAGGGCUCGACAGGUCAGAAAGCGCCGCUGACUCCCGGGCAGAAGGUGGCGCCCGGCGCGAAAGUUGCAGCGAAACCAGCUCAGAAACCCACUGCUCAGAAGGGGCAAGUUAAGGUUACGCCUAAGGCGGCUUCCGUCAAGACUGGCAAGAACAAGAAGAAGGGGCAGAGGCAGCAGUACGAUCUAAUCGUAACCAUCAAUUUGUCUGAAUAUGGACUCACGGAGGAUCAAGUGGCCGAAUUCAAGGAGGCGUUCAUGCUGUUCGACAAGGACGAGGACGGCACCAUCACGAUGGCGGAGCUCGGCGUGGUGAUGCGAUCUUUGGGGCAAAGGCCGUCCGAAACGGAAUUGCGAGAUAUGGUGAACGAGGUGGAUCAGGAUGGGAACGGUACCAUCGAGUUCAAUGAGUUCUUGCAAAUGAUGUCGAAAAAGAUGAAAGGCGCCGAUGGAGAGGACGAGUUGCGCGAGGCGUUCAGAGUGUUCGACAAGAACAAGGACGGCCUGAUCUCGUCGAAGGAGUUGCGACACGUGAUGACGAACCUUGGGGAGAAAUUGUCGGAGGAGGAGGUGGACGAUAUGAUCAAGGAGGCGGAUUUGGAUGGCGAUGGAAUGGUGAAUUAUGAGGAAUUCGUGACAAUCCUGACGUCGAAGAAUUAGUUCAGUGGCCACGGGUCGAACUAGAAGCUAUCCAGCUGCCGGAAGUCUUCGUCGAAGAACAGAAAUCAAACCCAAAUCGUCAAGUUCCUCCCCAAAUAUCGUAGCAAGAUGGGAACCCCCUUCCCUCGAACCCCACCAUCGAGAAACAUUGAUGAAAAAAAUAGAAAAAGCGAAAGUAAGAGGGUGGAAAAUGUAGGAAAUCUUGGAAAACCUUGGAAAAGUCGAAGAAAAUAAAAGAACCGCCAAGAGGAUCGAUCGUUCGACGGAUUUAUGACUCGCGUAAGGGUAAGUGGUUAUCGAAAGACUGGUAUCUGGGAUCGUGUCUCCGAGCGGUGGGGUGACGGGUGACGGGAUGCUAGGUUAAGUUGAAAAAAAGAGAAAGAUAGGAAAGAUAGGUGAGGGUGACUUCCGCAGUUGCACACGCAUACACGCAUACACACCUCGCUCCUUCGAAUUAAUUUUACAAGUAUAAGCUAGCGAAAGAAAACGACAUUAUACGUGAAAACGAGUGAGGUGCUCGCUCCCGAAACAAUCAACUGAGCUUCGUUUUAGCGUUUACCUAUUAUCUAUACUAUCUAUUAAUGCUAUACAACGUCGUUAUUGAAUAUUGUUAGGAAUCGAUCCUUUAUCCAUCCUUCACCGAUCUCAUUUACACGAUAUUUCUGGCAUGACUAUCUCCCGAAUCGUUCAAGCGCGGAUCGCAACUGUCGAUGGCCUAAAAUGUAAGUAACUCUGGGUUCGCACGCGAGAUGGCGUGAAAAGUACAAAACAGCGUCGAAACCGAAGUCGUUCGUUACGUUCGAAGAGGUUAAGUGCAUUGUUCAAGAUAUUUCGCGAGGUGCGUGAAUAAUAAUUUUGAGAAACGGAUUGAAAAGUGAUAUUUUCGGAUUAUUGGGAUCCACAGUGAAACGAAGAAGAGAAGCUUGUCAUCACACUUUUCACACUUCUAUCGAUCGGUAUUGUUCCUCCAAUUUUUGUAGAUUCGCUUUUAAACGAGACGAAUCCUUCCCCCCUGGCUCGUUGUCGAGUCGAAUUUCGGGUAACAUUAAUUGUCAUUAACAUUUUAGCCGCGGGACUCGACGCGAGAUAGCUCUAAUAACUGAUCUGUCUUCAAAUCUAGAUGAAUGUCGUUGACAAGUAGGUUAGUUCUAACCGUGAUAUAUUCUCGUGGCAGAAUCUUUAGACGCAUGUUAUCGCGGUUGCCGGAAAGCAAAAAGAAUCAAAGCAAACGUAGCAGAUUUUUCCUUAAAUGUACCAACACCAAUCGUAGGAUUUAUCGGUUUUUGUUGCCAAAAAAUCUUUUGUACCGGAUAUCUUUCUUUCUGUUUUCUUUUUUUUUUUUUUUUUUUUCUUAACUCUCUCAGACGAAGAGCUGAGAAAUCUCGUGAGUGUAUCGCUCUUGUUGUUAGUCCCGAUUUAGAUUCACGUCCAUAUUCAAUUCCUAUACCGAAACACCGUCCACCUAAAAACCUCGACAUUCGAUAUACCCACCCAUAAAGCCAAUUUUACGUAUUACGUCGUGCACCUUUAGAUCCUUAAGAUAAGAAGCCACAGCCGUAGGUCGCGAUAGAGGAUAGUUAAUUAGCGCAUUAGGAGGAAGUACGUACACGUAACAAAUAAUGCAUUAUACACAUACCUAUUAUAUAUACCUAUACAUGGUGUUACUACCAAAGAUAAUUGAAGUAACGUUAUUAUGGAUAUUCGUAUAUAUUUAGUAUAUACUUAUACAUACAUACGUACGUACAUAUUAUUAUAUAUACAUAUACACGUUAGCGACGUACGUCGGUGGUAUACUGGCAUUGAUAUUUUUAUGGUUUUAAAAAAAUACAACAACAAGAAUAAGUAUUAGUGUCAGAAAGAGAGAACGAGAGAGCGAGAGAGAGCGAGAGAACGAGAGAAAAUGUGAGAAUGAAUGAGAGAGAGAGAGAAAAUAGGAAUGAAAGAGAAUGAGAGAAAGAAAUAUUGGUUGGUUGGUCGAAGCGUGUGUACAUAAAGAAACAUUCAGGAGGGAGAUAUACGGGGAAACGGGAUAAAAUAAUAAGAAGAGCUCUUAUAAACGUAUUAAAGGGGAUAUUCGUUUUAUCCUUAAAAUAAGUGUCGACGGAUGGUAUGCGAAUAUUAUUAUAUCGUUAUCGUUGGUCACACGAAGCGGUGAUUUCACAGAUCGUAUACACGACAUACACAUAGAGAUAGACAAUAAUUCUGUUUUUUAAUUAAGUAAUACGCGUAUAGUUAUAUUGCGUUGUUCAAUUCGAUCGCUGGAUAGGUAAGCUGCAAAAUUUUGCGAGCAUCACAAUUUGAAUUUAAAGAUGAGAUUAUCUUCGAAUAAUUCGAUUUGCUUAUCUAAUUGCGCGAUCGUUCUUUAUGAAUGCCUCACGCCCCUGGCUUACGGUGAAAAAUUUGAUGGAAAAUUAAAGAACCGCGAAAUUUUCAUUUCUCUUUUUUUAUUUUCGUGGAAACGGAUAUUAGGAUUAUCUGAUAAUUCUUCGAUUUGUAUGAAAUUGUUAUUAAUAUUUCGAUAUUAAAAAAUCUUAAUUAUAUUAAAUUUAUAUAUUCGCGAUCGUCCGACAUCGGCGUGAUGCAAAGGUACGCACAACGUAAUUCAAAAAAAAAAAAAACCGCGAGCUGUGCAAGACGGAUAAGAAAAAAAAAAACUAUUAAACACGCAAACAUAAAAAAUAACAAGACGCUUCGACAGGUAAAAAACGUAAAAAGAGCUCGAUAAGUCGACACAAAAUAGUAAUGUAUAACGUCCCGAAGACAAUAUCUUUAACGAUUUUAUUAAAGGAAGAUUAUUCGAGAUUUACCUCGAGAGGAAGGCCUACGUUUUGCCACGUGUGUACGAAAAUGAUAGAUUGUAGAAAGAUUGUCGAGGAGAAAGAGAGAGCGAGAGCGAGAGACGGAGGGAAAAGAAAUAUAAACAGAGGAACGAGAAGUUUUUACGAUGCAGGAAAUUACUAAGAAAGGUGCUGUUUAUGUUGACUAAUCACCUUCGAUUUUUACUUUCGAAUUGUAUCCAUUUGCUUUUAUCUUAUCUAAAUUACGUGCACAUAGUUUCUUAUAUAUUUACUUUGCAACGCUCACUUUGUUUCCACUUGAAUUUUUUCGUAUUCUGUGUAUAUAUACAUAUAUACACAUAUAUACAUACACACACGAUCGUUUUUAAUUUUCUUGAAAGAUCGCGACGAACGGGCGGAUUCAUUUGGAUUUACGUGACAUGCACGAAAUAUUUCACUGCACCCCAUGAAUUUUUAUUUCCACUUUCCCUCCCAAAGGAAAACUUAUCAAUAAGAGUAUCGACAAAAUGCUGAACACAAGUACAAGAAAAUCGUCAAUAUCUGUAUAGUAUAUCUCCCCUAUUUAAAUAUCGUCGUUGAAUCACGGACCUCGAUGAACGUUAAAAAUCCAUCGUUCGGCCACGCAAAAGGAUUACUUGCAAAUUUCCAUCGGAAAUAUUUUCAUUUCGCAAGGCGACAUUAAACGCACAUUUGUCACGCGCGCUUUUAAUAGGUACCUUUCUCAUUAACACGGAUCAUUAGCGAUCGAACGAGGUCUCUGAUUCCUCGCGCGUAUUUUCCAAAUCAAUUGCCUACUUACUCCCGCUAUAUACAUACAUAUACAUAUAUAUAUACCUUUGGGCGAAAAAAUAAAUUUCCUAUUUUUGCCUCCCUGAAGAUGUAUUAAUUCUGCAUUCUGCGAAUAAUCCGAUGGAAAAGAAAAAAAAAAAAAGAAAUCCAAAUCAAAAUCCUCAGAUUGCAGCAGACUCUGCAACUCUGUAUUUUUAAAAUAAAAUUCCUUUCUUUGCGGGAAUAGCGGCAAGAUAUCCUGUAGAAUAUUACAACUCUGUUAAACCGCGUUGUCAAUCCUUGUUCAACCCUGAAACGAAAAGUAUUUUUGUAGAAUACUCUUCGCGCCAGAUUUUAUCGCACGUCGAGAUGCAUACGUUAUAUUGUAUUCUAUAUAUUAUAUUACAUUUACGUCAACGUGUACGUGCGUGUACAUAUUAUAUAUCAUAUUGUAUCAUCCUAUUCUGCUGGCAGAUUUCAUUAUAGUUAUUAUAUCUGAACGAAAAAAACGAGACGAAAAACGUUUGAAUUCGUCGUCGCAUAUAAUAUGGCGUUAAAUUGAUUAUAUAUACACGUAUAUAAACGUCCUUAAAAAAAAAAAAAAAAAAAAAAAGAGAGAGGAAUACCUAUACAAGUCUUCCUUUUAAAAAUCUGCACUGUAAAAUCGAAGUUCGAACACAACAGUUCUAGGAUUUAAUUAUAGCUGCAAAAAAGAAUUGUUUUUGUCUCCUGUGCGAAGGUGCGUAUAUAUUACUUUCAAUUAAUUGAAAUCGUUAAAUCUGUAUUUUUCGGAUAGAGUUGCUCAAGUCAAGAUAUUUUGUGAAUUUUUUAACAAUCAAAGAGUCGAAACGCCUAACUAAUCGCUGUGAAUCUGUAGAUCAGAGUUGCGACGCUCAAAGACUAACUUGACUAAAUAAUUAAUUAUUAUAUUAUUUUAGAUCUUUUUGAAAAAUUGUAGGGGAUUCAGUCACUCGUUUAUUUCAAAUUCUCUAUGGUACUAAAGAACUUCGAGAUAACUCAGAGAUGCGAGAUGUUCGAGAUAGAUACGCUUGCGUUAUACAUAUUCAUCAUAAUUAUUAUUAUAAACUUUUGUUUCAAUUAGCUGUUUGAAUAGUUUCACUUGUAUUGGAGAUAGACAAACUGCGAACGAACGAACUUGAUCACCAUGAUAUUUUUGUAGACGUUUGACACGAUUCAGCCGAAAUUUACAUACUCGAGUUGCAUAGAAAAAGAUCUUCUUGCUUUUAUUUAAAACGAUCGAGCAAAUUUCAAAUUUGCAUUCCUCCUAAUUCGUCAUUUCACAUGAUCUUUAUUGCCCUCUAACUUUUAUAUUAAUUUCAAUUCGAAAAAUCAUUUGUAUAUUUUCAGUAUGCAUUUAUAAACGCAAUGCCCGUAAUCGAACUUGAGGAACGCGUGCUUUUUAGAGUAAAGAAGUAAAGCAAACGAGAUUUCAACGAGAAUUCGCGUCAAAUGGAUGAUCACGGACCGUAUAUAUAUAUAUAUAAUAAAAAAAAAAUCAGGGAAACGAAAAUUAUUUGAUAUCAAACGAGUUGAUGAUGAUGAUUCAAAGAUAAUCAAAUAAAAAAUAUAUAUAUAUAUAUAUAUACUUUGCUAGAUACGAGAAGGAAAGAGAGAAAGAGAGAAACGUCAUUAACUUAGGUGUAUAAUAAUUGUAAAAUCGUUAAAUAAAUGUUACUAUGUUGUAUUAAUCGCGAGGCCGUCUCGCCUCGUCUUGAUGAAACAAUACAAUGAGUCACUCUGCUCGAAAGAUUCAGACUUUUGUUACAAACGAGACGGGUUCUUGGAUCGAUUGUUUGUCAUAGUAUAAUCAAGUAUUAUCUAUGUUUCUCAUCAUGUUGGCUGACGUAAAAAGUAAGUACCUGCGCUUUAUUAACGAGAUCACGAAUGAUUUUCAAGAACGAGAAGGAGAAAAUUGAUCGUAUGAAUUAUUCAAUCAAUAAUUAUUAAGAAGAAGAAGAAAAAUGGAAGCGAAAGUUACCGAUUGCAUCGUUGAAGAUUCGUUCGAUUCGUUCGAUUAGAGGAAGAUACUUUGUUCUGAGAAAAAUUUGAAAAUGCACGCAAGAUCGAGAUUACGCUUUUUUACGUAGAGUUCGUUACGUGCCAUCGUUUAAAGAGUACAUAUAAACAUGGCCAAGGAUAAAUGAUAUCGAUCAAAUUGUCGAGAAUUAUUAUUGUCAGAGUUCCGAAUGAUAAUCAUCGCAUCGCGAACCCUUUGAUUUCUCGAGAUUUAUGUUUGUACGCGUGACAUUUUCGCGCGUUGAUCCGAGACAUCUAAAGAAUUCUUUACUUUAUAAAAAAAAAAAAAAAAAAGAAAAAAUUUUUAUUUAAUAGUUCGAAGAUGCAAUUUUGUGAAAAAAAAGAAAGAGAGAAAAGAAUCAAAAUUCGAAACAAUUUCUUUAGAUGUCCGGAUAUAUAUAUAUAUAUAUAUAUAUACGCAUUGUAAUUCUUCCCUCGUACAUUUACGCUAUUGUUGCGCGCAUGCAUUUUCUUUUCAGUUCGCUUGACGUAAAAGCGAUUUUUAAUAUAGUUAUCAUUGCAGCUAGGCAAAUACAUUAUAUCGUUGAAAAAUGCAAUCCAAAUACAAAAUGAUGGUCAAGAAUAAUAUUAUUGUAAUAAGGAAACGUCUUUCAUUACUUUAUUAAAUGAUCGCGAGUACAAGUUAUAGUUAAACGAAAAUAUACAUGUGUGUAUAUAUCCAAUUAUAAAGCAAAUUGAAGGGAGACCCUUUCUUGGUUCUUCGUGGGGUGCAAAUGGCUAGUAAAGUAGAGGAUAUAAUGGUACGGUGUGGAGGCGAGGAUAAUAAAGAAUGUAACAAGAGUUGUAAGAGAGAAAAAUUAUCUUCGAGGUGUAUUAAAGAGGAAAAAAAAGAAAAAAAAAAAAAAAAUAGCGUAAAAACUAAGUCAAGCAGAGAUAUCGCAUUGUGAAUGAGAAUAUUUAUAUUUUUACUUGAGAAAAUGUUAUAAUAAUAACGUUUGUAACGUAUAAUUCCCAAUUCCCGAUAAGGAAUGUUUAUAACGUUAUUUUUCUAGAUCUAUAUAUCUAAAUACUUACUAUUGUGUUAUGACGAAACGUGCUUUAAAGCGUCAAGCAAGCGAGAUUGUAUUGUAGAUGCAAUACGUACAUUUAUCCAUUAUACAUGUAUUGCGUUUACUUUAAUUAUUUCACUAUCUUAUUCCUCUAUAAGUAACGUAAUAUAUCUAAUUACAGGUGUAAUAGCAAUUUAACGAAUUCCAAAUUUUGUCGCGGGCGCUCAUCUGCACAUAAAAUAUAAUCGAUGUGUUUCUCGCGGUGUUCA